UGGUUGACACGCGUUUAGUGAAGGAAAGGUUUAUGAUAUUGUUCAAAGAUAAUUAUAUAAUUCUAAAAUCUUUUAUAUAUUACAUUAUGAUUUUCCAAAUGAGAUUGAAUCAACAAUUAUUAAGAUUGACAGGAAAAUUUUUUCAAACAAGACAUAAAUUAAUUGGAAAUUAUCAUCAACAUGGAACUUUGACAGAGCAUAUUUCUUUCUCAAAGGAUUUUCUAUUUCAGCAGUUAUUCGAUCCAGUGUCCAGUACAUAUACAUAUUUACUUGCUGAUAUCAAUAAUAAGGAUGCUAUUUUAAUCGAUCCAGUCUUUGAAUGGGCUGAUCGAGAUAAAAAAAUUAUCGAAGAACUCGGUUUAAAUUUGAAAUAUGUUGCGAAUACACAUAUGCACGCAGACCAUAUUACAGGAACGGGCCGAUUAAAAUCGUUAUUACCAGGUUGUCGAUCGAUGAUCUCCCGCAAUAGUGGUGCCGAGGCCGACAUUCUCUUGGAGCCACGAGACCGCAUCAAAUUUGGUAGACAUUAUCUGGUGGUGAUACCCACACCUGGUCAUACUGAAGGAUGCGUGACGUAUGUGUGUGAUGAACAAGGAAUCGCUUUCACGGGUGAUGCUUUAUUAAUACGCGGAUGUGGAAGGACAGACUUUCAGGGUGGCUCGUCAGAAAUAUUGUACAAGUCUGUACAUGAAAAUAUAUUUACUUUACCAUCAUAUUACAGACUAUAUCCUGCACAUGAUUAUAAUGGUAGAACUGUAACUACUGUUGCUGAAGAAAAAAUGUUAAAUCCUAGAUUAUCUAAAUCGUUGGAUGAAUUUGUAAAUAUUAUGAAUAAUCUUAAUCUUCCAUAUCCAAAAAUGAUUGAUAAAGCUGUCCCGGCUAACAAGGUUUGUGGAGUCUUUGAAAUUAAUAAGAAGAAAGGAGAACAGUGAGAAAAUAACGAGAAAUUGGUCAAAUUUCAUCAACUCUAUUCUCUUUGAACAUGAGAUAAGAUUGUUUAUAUAUAUGUAUAUAUAUGUAUAUAUGUGUGUGUGUGUGUAUAUAUAUAUAUACAUACAUACAUAUAUAUAUGUUCCUAUGCAAUGUACAGUUUUUAAGAUACUUGUAAACUUUUUCAAUUGAUGAUAGAUACCUGCAAUUUAAUAAAUAAAUAUUUGCGUAUAUUUAUGAAAAUCAUAGAUUUGCAACUAGUAUAAUAUUUUUUUUAUAUAUUUUAAUAAAUAUAUAUAUACAUAUAUAUAUAUAUAUCUGUAUAAGUUAACAUAAUAAUAACAAUAAUAAUAAUAAUGAGAUUAUUAUUUAAAUGCUCAAAUUUUUCUGAAAAAGCAAUACAAUAACCUGUUAAACUUAUUCUGAAUAAUUAUAAUAAUUUAACUAUGUAUUGUUAUAAAUAAAUAUUCAUAUUUCUCCA